AUGACAAGCAAGCCCAUCCUUCACUACUUCAAUUCUCGGGGCAGAAUGGAGUCUGUCCGCUGGCUCUUGGCUGCAGCUGGAGUAGAGUUUGAAGAGAAAUAUAUUAAAACGCUAAAAGACUUGAAAAGGUUAAAGAAUGAUGGGAAUUUGAUGUUCCAGCAAGUGCCCAUGGUGGAGAUCGAUGGGAUGAAGCUGGUGCAGACCAGAGCCAUUCUCAACUACAUUGCCUCCAAAUACAACCUCUAUGGGAAGGACAUGAAGGAGAGAGCCUUGAUUGACAUGUAUACAGAAGGUACAUACGAUUUGAAUGACAUGAUUAUUCGUUACCCGUUCCUCCCACCUGGGGAGAAGAAUGUAAGCCUGGCCCAGAUCACACGGAAAGCAAGAAAGUGUUAUCUUCCUGCCUUUGAAGGGAUAAGUGGAGGCUCUGCAUUGAAGGACCAUGGGCAAGAUUACCUUGUUGGAAACAGGCUGAGCAGGGCUGACGUCCAUGUGGUUGAACUUCUCUACCACAUGGAGGAGCUGAAUGACAGUAUUGUGGGUAGCUUCCCCCGGCUUCAGGCUCUGAGAACCAGAGUCAGCGACCUCCCCACAGUGAAGAAGUUUCUUCAGCCCGGCAGUCAGAGGAAACCUUUCAAGGAUGAGAAAUAUGUAGAGGAGCUUAAGAGCUUCUUUUAUGAGACCGGACAAGAUCGCACCUAGAUUCCCUGUCUUCCACGUGUGCUGGCAGCGAAGGGCCCACGGUUGGUCCCAGAUGUCAUGGAGCCAACAAAGCUUUCCGACCUUUAUGUGUCCAUCUUGUCAGGCAUGAACCAUGCAGAUGGUUCGGUGCAAUAUCGUGUAUUGGGUUUUGAACAAAUUUGAAAUCGAGAUCACCUCCUAAGAUGUCCCUUUGAAUUUAAAUAAAGCAGAGAGAUGUUUCAAGUAA